AUGGACUGGGACAAGGAGCCAGGUCGUGGUGAAAGAAUUGGCCAAGGAAUCAACUUGGGCUAUCGGCCAGGCCUUGAAGGGUGUUCGAAGAUCAUUGAGCCGUUUCUUCAAUAUAGUCUCCUCGUUUCGCUGUUCGACCGUAGACUGGGACAAGGAGGACCGGGAGAAGGAGCCAGGUCGUGGAUUAAGAUCCUUUGUUUUCUUUCCUCCUCAGAGCGGUAUAUAUUAGAGGCAGCAGAGCUGGAGGUGGUAAAGGUAUUAUUCGCAGAGUCAACCUUCGGAGCAGUAGAGUUGCUACUCUUUAGCUCAACAAGACUGCAUGCCCCUACCAUCUCGACACCUUCGCCGAGCCUGCUACUCCUACCGCCGAGGUCAUCAACAUCACCGAACACAUCCAUCUCGAUACCUCCGCCGAGGUCAUCAACAUCACCGAACACAUCCAUCUCGAUACCUCCGCCGAGCCUGCUACUCCCACCGCCGAGGUCAUCAACAUCACCGAACGCGUCUAUCUUGACACCUGACCGCGAGAUUCCCACCAAAGGAAUCAAUCUUGGCGAGCUGAUCGAGGCAUGCUGUGCGGAGUGCAUCCCCGCUCAGCAGAUCCUCGAGUCUGUUCUUCUUCGCUCUACCGACGGCCAGGAAGGCUCGGGGAGCCAUCCGAGCACCGGUCUAAGCGUUGAGCCUGUUGAGCCUACGAACUCCACCCGAGUCUACUAUUGA